CUCACGAUUUCUACACUCUUCACUACCAACAACAACAAUACCCAAUCACCACUAGCGAUCUCAUCCUUUCGUCACGCGACAUCCUACCUUUCCAACCACCAAAGCAAACCACACACAUCUAUUCAAUCACAAUGGCUCGCGGCGAGACUCAGCAGACCAAGGUCUACGUCAAGGGCAGCAGCGAGGAGUUCCUCAUCUUCAUUGAUGACGUCGAGGCCUACAAGAAGUGGCAGACCGACAAGAGCGUGCCUCUGGCGCACUUCAUCUCCUCAUUCAAGAUCUUCCUGACCCAUGGCCAAGGACUGCAGGGAACCUACGACACCGCCUCCAAGGCGGCCCUUGAGAACGAGUUCGGCACCUCUGUUGAUGACGAGGUCAUCAAGCAAAUCCUAGAGAGGGGCGAGACCCAGACCUCGGAGAUGCCCGAGCGUCAAGGUACCAAGAACGACUCCAAGGGUCCCAUGGUUGCCCACUAGAGGAGUGAGAAGCAGGCGUUCCGGAAACGUAGAGGAAAUUCUUAGCGGCGAUGUAUUCGAUGACUGGGGCUUGGCUGCGAGAAAGAACCACGGUUCAGAAACGGUUGGUGAAAGGUCGCCGAUGGUAGGCGGAUAUGCAUGAUGGCGACCAUCCUAUCAGAUCAGCGAGUAUCGCUGACGCCCCGAGAGAAGGGGAAGGAUUGAUGAUAGCGUCCCAUGAAUUAAUAAACCAGCCCUCUGAUUUGAUACAAACAAUGACUCUGAAU